AUGGCUAAUAUUAGUACUAAUAAUAGUACUACUAUAAAUAAUAGUAGUAAUGAAACAAAUAUGAUUAUUUAUGUAUGUAUUCAUUUGGUAAUGCCAUGUGCCGUUGCUAUUGGAAUUAUUGGCAAUCUUUUAUCAAUCUUAGUAUUUGCACGCCGUGAAAUGAUUAAAUUUUGUGUGUCUAUAUUUACAAUUGUUCUUGCACUUAGUGAUAUUCUUUUGUUAAUCACUUCACUAUUUAACAUCAUAUUGCCUGAUUAUCUUGGUGGAUUACUGUCAGAUAAAUCAGCAUUCUGGUGCCAUUUUCAUGGUUAUUUUGAUCUAUUAUUUGCUGCAUUAAGUGGUUAUUCAGUUGUAUUUAUAUCUGUUGAACGUUGGUUUUCAGUAUGGAAACCAUUUGAUAAAGCAAAAUAUGUUACAUUUAAAACAACAAUCAUAACCGUUUUUAGUUAUACAUCAAUAUCAAUCAUUGCAUUUUCAUGGUUUCCAUUAACAUUAGAUUAUAGUUUUGGAAAGCCUGGAUCUGGCGAGCAAUGUCAUUUAAAACGACCUAUUGUAUAUAAAAUAUUUGGAACAUUCUCAGUUAUUUUUACUUAUAUUGCACCAUUUAUUUUUCUCGGUAUACUUAAUAUUCUUAUCGUUUAUCGUUUACAUAAUCGUCAUCAUACAUCUAUACAACGAUCAGUAGCCAUAUCAACUAAUUCAAAUACUGAUCCAACAUUAGCUUCGGCAUCAACUCGUAAACGACAACGUCAAAAAAAUACAGAUCGAAAUAUAACAUUUAUGUUAAUAGCUGUUGCUAUUGCAUUUAUGGUUAUGUCAUUCCCAUUCCAAAUCUAUUGGUUCUAUAUGCAAAUUUAUCAACCGAAAUCAGAAAAUAAAACUUUAUUUACACUAACGCAAACAUUUCGAUAUUUUAAUUGUUGUUGUAAUUUUUUUCUUUAUUCAGCUACAUCAUCAUUAUUUCGUCGAGAAUUACGUGAAAUAUUUCAAUGUUCAAUAUCAACAAGUAGUAAUUCAAAAGAAAUUACUCAUGUACAAUCAACUAUACAUAGUCGAACACGAACACCAACGUCACUCCCAAAUUAUUCAACUAAUAUUGAUAAUACAUCAGUAGAAAGAAAAAAACUUUUAAUAAUAUCAUCAUCAAAAAUAUCAACAAAACCUGUAGAAGAUCUCAAUCUUACAGUAGCAUCCCGUGAGCCAAUCAAUGGUCAUACUAUCGCGUGUAAAACAUAA